AUGGCUGUGGGGGAGCGCCCAACCUCCUCUGAUCACCAGCUGGCGCCGCAUGAAUCUCAGGCCCCGCUGGGCCCGCCCCAGGCGCCCUCCCCAUGGUGGGAGGCUGCCUCCCGCUCCUCCCGCUUCUGGGCCCGGGCCAGCUCCAUCUACGCCGGCUACAAGGUGGCCCAGGUCCGAGCCCAGCUGCUCAAGGCUUCCGGCUGGUCCCCCGAUCGCAUCACCGCAGAGCACUGGGAGCCGCACCACGCCGCCGCGGGGGAGGCCAUGCACGACCUCUGCAUCUCCCUGCGCGGCUUCUACCUCAAGGCUGGCCAGUUCAUCGGCGCGCGCGGCGACUUCGUCCCCGCCCCCAUCUGCAAGCGCCUGGCGCGCCUGCAGGACCAGGUGCCGCCCAUGAGCCCCGACCGCGCCGCGUCCCUGAUCCAGGCGGAGCUGGGGGGGGCGCCCCUGACCUCCGUCUUCGCCUGGAUAGACCUGGAGCGUCCGCUGGGCUCCGCCUCCGUGGCGCAGGUGCACAAGGCCCAGCUGGCCUGCCCGCCCAGCCAGCGGGGCAGGCCGCUCCUGGCGCGGCUGGGGGAGUGGAUCCAGUACCCCGACGCCCUGAAUGACAUGACCCUGGACCUGGCCAACCUGCGCCGCCUGUCCUCCUUCCUGUCCAAGACCGAGAUAGACUUUGACCUGGUGUCGGCCGUGGACGAGCUGGCCGCCCAGAUCCGGCUGGAGUUCGAUUUCCGCAGGGAGGCGCGCGUGAUGGAUGCUGUGGCAGACCAGUUCAAGCAUCUGGGACACAAGAUCAAGGUGCCUCACAGCAUCCCGGGGCUGGUCACCGAUCGCAUGAUCGUGAUGGAGUUUCUGGACGGCAUCCCCAUCACCCGGCUGGCGGCGCACACCUCCAGCCUGUCGGCCAGCACCAGGCGGCUGGCGGCCGGGCGGGUGCUGGACCGCGUGAGUGAGGCGUAUGGCCGUAUGAUCCUGCUGGACGGCCUCUUCCAGGCCGACUGCCACCCAGGCAACAUCCUCGUCAUGAAGGGUGGCACGGUGGGCCUCAUCGACUACGGUCAGUCCAAGAAGCUUCCCGACAGCUACCGCGCCCUGUUCGCCCGCCUGAUCCUGGCCUUGCACCGCGAGGAUGAGGCAGGGAUCUCGGCCGCGCUGCGCGCGCUGGGCGUCGAGACGCAGCGGGAGGACCCCCCCUUGGCCUCCAAGCUGGCGUACGGCAUGUUUGACACCCGUGGAAAAGUUGACCCCUUUGACCCUGACUCUCCCAUCAAGAAGCUGGGCGUCUCCCGCUUCCCCAAGGAUCUCUUCUUUGUCAUGCGCGUUGUGCAGGCAAACAAUUUGGGCCACCUUUUCGAGGAUCAAGCCAAAUUCUAUGCCCAGUUCCGGCCGUCGUACCCUCCCGAACUCUACGAGGCCGUGUAUGGCCUUGCAAAGCUGCCACGACGAGGCACGGCACUGGACGUGGCGACGGGCAGCGGCCAGGUCGCCAAGGUGCUUGCAAAUGACUUCGAAACCGUCAUCGGGACGGAUAGCAGCGCCGGGCAACUCCGUGAGGCUGUCCGGCACCCCAAGAUCACAUAUCAGCAUGUUCCUGCCGAAGACUUGCAGGGAGUGUCCGAUGCGAGCGUGGACCUGGCAACAGUAGCUGAGGCGUUCCAUUGGUUUGAUCGAGAGCGGUUCUUCCAGGAGAUGCGCCGGGUGCUAAAAUCCGAUGGAGUGUUGGCCAUAUGGGGCUACGACUUUGGUUACUUGGAGCCAGGCAGCGCGGCACAAGGGAGCAUUCCCGACAGCGAUGUUGCAGCAGCCAAUGCCGCGUUCACCGAGUUCCAUUCGGGGACAGAGGGGCUCGGCCCCUACUGGGCACCAGGGAGGGCUCUGGUCGAGGCCUGGUAUGCGGGUCUGGAGCCUGGAUGCUCCCACUUCAAGGACGUGACCUGGCUACCGGAGGGGAUGGCCAUAAGGGAGGACAUGUCGCUCGACCACUUGGUCGGCCUUUUGAACAGCUGGUCCGCACUGACUACCUAUCGAAAGCAACACCCAGAGAAGGCGGAUCUCCUUGCAGCCUUCAAGGCCACAAUGGCUCGCUGCUUCAGUAUUGAGGAUGCAGAGGCGCCCAACACUAUCCGCAUGGUGCGGAACAUCUUUGGGUUUGUGGCGAAGGAACCCCAGCCUCUGGUGCGAUAG